UACAAAAUUCCCUUCUCCCAGCUCUGAUUACAAAAGAGAUAACCUUUAUUCAUGGAAGACCUGCAAUUUUCUAAACCGUUCACAGAGUUCCAUUUUUUUUCUUCCAUUAUUAAAUUUAUAUAUCUUCUUUACUCAAAUAUUCCUUCCACUUUCUCAAGCCAAGAAUCUCUUCUCUCCCUUCUCUGCCCCCUUUGCUUACUUUCUCCCCUUCAGAUUCUUUCUUUUCUUUCCCUUCUUUUAACAAUGGUUUCUCUCCUCUCCCUUCCUUGUUUUCUCUCUCACCCUUCUACUUUCCUCUCUCUCUCCCUCCCCCUCUCGUUUUCUUUCACAAAUUUUGGUCUUUUUUUAUUCAAUAAAAUAUAUACCCCAUGGCUCCUCCACCGCCGCCGCCGCCUCCUCCUCCUCCCUCGGUUGUUAACCACCUCUCUCAUCCUUGUAUCUAUGCAGGGGACUUUAACAAUUCAUAUCCGGAGAGAAAAUCAAGGAUUAUGAAGUGGUUGAGUAAGCUUUUUAAGUCAAGUUCAAGUGGUCGUCGUGGCGGCGGUAGUGGUGGUUAUAAUCCUCAUUAUCUAGGGGAAGAAAACAUGGUUGUUCGUGCUCCGGUUAGGAUGCCGGAUGAACGUCCUAGGUCAAAGAAGGAACAAGAAGAAUUAGAUCAUGCAAUUGCACUUUCUUUAUCUGAGGGAAUGGGAAAACCAAAUGGUUACAAUGAAUGGCGACGAGACAAUAAUUAUGGUGGAGCUUUACCUAGGGGAGCUGAUAAUGGUGGCUUGAAUUCAUCUGCAUAUCCUCCUUAUGGCAAUAUGCAGUACCAUCCUGUUGGAUAUAGAGUAUGUGCUGGCUGUCAUCGUGAGAUCGGAUAUGGCAAUUACUUGGGAUGCAUGGGAGCAUAUUUUCAUCCCAAUUGCUUCCGUUGCCAUUCCUGUGGGUAUCCGAUUACCGAGCAUGAGUUUUCUUUAUCAGGGAGGGAUCCAUAUCACAAAACUUGCUUCAAAGAACUGACACAUCCUAAAUGUGAUGUUUGUCUCCAAUUUAUUCCGACAAAUGGAGCCGGUUUAAUAGAGUAUAGAUGCCAUCCAUUUUGGUCCCAAAAGUAUUGUCCAUCACAUGAACAUGAUAACACAGCUCGUUGCUGUAGUUGCGAACGUUUGGAGUCUUGGAAUGUAAGAUAUUAUUCGCUUGAAGAUGGUCGGAGUUUAUGCUUGGAAUGCAUGGAAUCUGCAAUCAUGGACACUGGUGAUUGCCAACCUCUAUACCAUGCCAUUAGAGACUAUUAUGAAGGAAUGAACAUGAAACUAGACCAGCAAAUUCCGAUGCUUCUUGUUGAACGACAAGCACUUAAUGAAGCUAUUGUUGGAGAAAAGAAUGGAUAUCAUCAUAUGCCUGAGACAAGGGGCUUAUGUCUGUCUGAAGAACAGACAGUUACCAGUAUACUAAAGAGACCGCGAAUAGGAGGCCGACAACUUAUUGGCAUGAGAACUCAACCUCAAAAGCUGACCAGGAAAUGUGAAGUCACUGCCAUUUUAGUUCUGUAUGGUCUUCCAAGACUGUUAACUGGGGCUAUUCUUGCACACGAGUUAAUGCACGGCUGGUUACGCCUCAAAGGUUAUCGGAACCUGAACCCUGAGGUUGAGGAAGGAAUCUGUCAAGUGUUAUCAUACAUGUGGCUUGAGUCUGAAGUACUACCAGGAUCGAGCAGUAGAGCAUCUACAUCAGCUGCUUCAUCAUCCUCUUCGUCGUCUAAGAAAGGAGGGAAAUCUAAUGUUGAAAACAAGCUUGGUGAAUUCUUCAUUCACCAGAUUGCUCAUGAUGCUUCCCCUGCCUACGGUGGGGGGUUUCGAGCUGCCAAUGCAGCCGUCAAUAGAUACGGUUUACGUCAAACCUUAGACCAUAUUCGUCUGACCGGGGAAUUUCCCAUUGUAAAAACCUGAGUGUUGAGUCAGCUUGUCAAACAUAUUGGAGGUCAUGACAGAAGAUUGAAACAACUUCUCCCCAAAAUUUUCAUGGGGUUUACAUGAUCAACACAAUGUUAAAGAUUAUGCUUUCUGGUUCAAAAGUAACUUGGUUUAAACAUUUAUUAUUGUCUAAUAAGAUGAGUUUCUCUUUCUUUUUA